CAGGAACUUCACAUAUUUCUGUAUUCCGGAUAAUGAUAUGAACAGACGCGAUAGACACCAGCAACAACCCCAUUUUCAACAUGAUGACUCAGGCAGUGUUCGACUCAACUACGAUCGUCUGCUACAACUGGCUGACAGAACUCGUACUGCUCACACACAGCGUGUUGGCGAUCUGCCUCCAAAGAUGGGGUUAAGGGCGAAAGACAAAUCGCGACUGUCAACAGGUGCAUUGGAACAAAGCCUUCCCGAUAAACUCACGCAAGCUUUGCGCAAUCUGCGGCCCGGGGCCCUCGUUCACUCGGCAAGCAGUUCGGCUGCGCAUUCGAAUAAGAGUGGCGCUAUCCCUGCCGAUGAUGUCGUCUACAUUCCAUCUCCAGAUACUUCGCAAAUAUCUUCACAUUUCGAGGAAAUGAGAAGGAGAAGACACUCAGCCAUGAUGAAACUGUGUCCAUCACAGUCGCCAUCGCCUAUUCUUAUGAGAAAUGGUUACCGCAGAGACCAUGGUGCUCAUAUACGUGGAAUGUUCAAAAGCGUACCAAAUGUAAACAUGGUGGAAGAAAAGGAGAAAGAGUACAGACGUCGAAGGAGGAGAAGUUGUCAUGUGUUCGGAGAUGAAAUUGAUGCUGAAUCAUCAAGCACUCGUAGUCCGACCGACAGCGGCUAUCGUUCCACUCCUCGUCAGACUAGUGGAGAGAAUCUUUGUGGUUAUGAUGAGAUUUCGCCAACUAUUACAGGAAUAUCACACAAGACCACAACCGUGGUCUAUGUGAAUGGGGAAAGUUCCCAGGUCGAAGAGCAUCAAAUCAUGAAAGCUCAUGGUGCUACUCAUUCAGCUCUCGACAGUCAUAUACUACGUUUUGGGAUCAUAUGCAAAGACUCUAUUUGCCCAUUUGACGAAAAAGAUCUGCUCACACUGCUUUAUCGAAAAACUUUGCCGAAAGACAGCCAAUGUUUCGAUGUGACGCAUGUCCCGCCCCUAAUCGACAUGUUGCUAAAUACUUUGGAAAUUAUCACGGAUCACAUUCAACGUCUAUCCAUCAACAGCGCUAAGGCAACCGUUGAGAACGUGACAACAACAACAAAGAUUGUGUUCCCUCUAGAAGUAUCAUGGCCAUGUAUCAAGGCCGCAAAUCAGGCAAUGGCGCUGUACUCCGUCAGCGGCCAGGGUGCUCUCAAGAGGAGCAUGUCACAAAGAGCCUCAUUGCAUCUUUCAGUUGGCCGAAUGUUUCACUGGCUUGUCACGAAACUACCCAAUAAACCCAUGUCAGAAUCGGUGCCUGUAUAUCUCACAGCUGUGCUUGAACGAGCUCUGGAGGAAAUGUUGCGUCCUGUAUUGCAACUCGGCCGGAAAUGUGCAAUGAAUCGAAGAAUUGAAGAAAUCACUCACUCGCACAAAUCGCUAGUAUCGUUCUUUGCUCGGACUACUCGGCAAAAAGAGCUAGACCCCGUGAUAGCAAUAUCAGAAAAAGAUUUACUCGAAGCGAUUAACGAUAGUCGCGGUAGAGAGGUAAUGGAAACAAAUGGCUUUUUGCUUUCUUCGAAAGGCAAACAAAGGAGUUUGAUACAGAUGAGUUCGUCUGGUUUACAAUCUUUGCGCUACUUUUUACUGAAUCAAAAUGGGAGAGGAAACAAUGUACCAAUUGCUGACUGGACACGAAUUAUCUUCGCAUUUGCCGAGCAUCGCAUGUCGCAUUCUGUGGAUGAAACUGAUGUGCAGCAGGCAGCUCGAGUACUGCUGGGAUGUGACUGUGCGCCACCAUCAGUUUCCAUCACCUGUCGUGACUUCUCCGAUCUUUCGCUGGAAGAUGCCAAAAAAGAAUUCGCCUUUUCUUUGGCUGCAUCUUCCUCCCCAGUGCAUAUGCAGCAUGUUUCUUCUCUUUUGGAUGGCCAGUGGUCUGCUACAAAUCAAUUUGGACUUUCGCUCAUUUCUGAUGCCGUUUUGCGCUCGGAUAGUGACGCACUGCAAAGGCUUAUCGAUAUGGGAUUUCCCACAAACGUACCUAUUCCAGCGUCUAUUGGUGACAAAAGACCGUUCCUUCUUGCCGAGUAUUCUGGAUGGACCCCACUUACGUGGGCCGUCGCUACCAACAAUGCCUUAUGCAUCGACAUAUUAUUGUCAUCGAAAGCUCUUGUCCAAAGCGAAGACAUGAUUAAGGAAUCACCUCUGCAGGUGGCAGCCCAGCAAGGCUCAGAAGAAAUUGUCAAAAGGCUGCUUUGUGCUGGUGCCGAUCCGUUCCGAUCCACCAUCGAAUAUGACUCAUCGAAAGCAUCGUUCCGUUCCAUUGGUUCUCCGUCAGCGCUUGCCGCUGCCUGCUCCAGAGGCCAUAGGCUCAUUGUUGACGUUUUUGUUGAUCGCUUACUACAAAACUUCCCAACAACAGUCAUUGAUUUCCUUAGCGAUUCGCAAACAAAAGUGAAGGAUAUAGGAAAAAUAGAAUUCAAGAGACUUCCAAAGAACACCCGACUUUCUCUUCAAGAAGCAUUGUAUUAUGCCGUUGAAACGAGUCAGCCCGAGUGUGCUCUGCAGCUGUGGAAAUGUGUGCCAGAUAUACCAUGGAGCAUGUACACAUGGACUCGAGCCCUUGAAUGCGCAGCUGAGCACCGACAUCAGCAAUUCACCUCCUCCUUACUCGCACAUUUUUGGCCUCUCAUGUUUUCUAAGCUGGACCAAGACAACAUUGACUAUUGCAGCUAUGUGUUGUUCUCGCAACUUAACUGGGAAUGCCGUCGUGAUAAUGGACAUCCGCUAGAAGUAGCCGCUCUUAUAUCUCGUAUUUGGAGACAAUGCCAGAAGGUGGAACUUACCAGCCAUUCCACACCAGCCACUCCUGAGGUUCAUAGACCUACGGUAGAUGUUUCUUUCGUGAAUAAUCCAGAGCUGUCGGAUAUUCGAUUUACGGUCGAAGGCGAGAAUGUUUAUGCUCAUCGCAUUAUGCUUUACAAUGCUUCUGAGCGGUUCAAGGAACUCUUGAGAAUUCCAAAAGGAAACAUCGACAUUACUGACGUUUCUCACAGCACUUUCUUGGCGAUGUUACAUUACAUCUACACUGGAGUCAUUCCGGAACUAUCCGUACAAGCACUUUGUUGUUUAUAUGCUGCUGCCGAAAUAUAUGUGAUACCAGCAUUAUGUGCUGCAAUUUUGCGUGAUCUCGGACGGAUUCUUUCACCCCACAAUGCUGCAUAUAUUUAUCAGUUUGCCAUCGUGCACAACAAUCAUAUUCUCCUCGAGAAGGGUGAAGACUACAUGCUGACAAAUCUAGAUACACUAAUCACUCAGUCAAAAAUACGGGAUUUAAUCAAAAGUCAUUCGGCCGACUACUACGUUUGUGCUGCCUUAUCUAAAAAAUUAUCCUCUACUUUUUCCUCUAGUAGAAGUGAGAAGCUGUAAACAUAAUUUAUGCAUUACACUGGCUUACAUACUGAUUUAUAUUUCUAAAUUUUAGAAAUAGCUUGUAAUAUUGAGAUUUAUUGUUAUGAUCACUGAGUCUUCUAACCAAGGUUGCUGAAUAUGUUGUGCCAUAUUGUUCUCUUGUUAUAUUGUUGUAUAAAAAUGCCAAAUGCCGUUAUAGCUAUUUUUUGAAGAUGCUAUUUUGUGAUAUUCUAUUAUUUUUGAUAUGCAU